ACUCAACAUGCACACUCUUCCGAACUUGCUCAUGUCGAAAAGGUGCUUGCAUGUCUUUCACCGCUCUAUCAUACAAUCAAAAUGCAACAGUCGCCUGGCUCAUUGCAAUACCCUUUUCCAAUUUAAUUCUUCUCCACAACUAAGACCGUUCUCGUCACUGCCAGCACAAAUCGCGACCCCAGUCACGGCUAGUACAAGUUCACUGCCAACCUUCCUUCAAUUUGCUCGUACGCAACUGCGUAAUGCAACUCAUAGAGACCUGCUUCGUUUUCGGUAUAGUUCCUCCCGUCGUCCACCCCGCAGGCCAAACUGGUUGGAUUCAAUAAACGGAAACGUCAUAUUCGUGGUCAUCAUCGCAAUAAACGCUGGCGUCUUUCUUCUCUGGCAAGGUGCCAAGUCCACAUACCAAACCACUCGGGACCCUACACUCUGGAUCUUCCUCCGGAACAACUUUUUAGUGAAUUGGGAGAACAUCACCUCCGGUCGCGCGUGGACGCUCAUUACCUCAUGCUUCUCCCAUCAAGACAUAGAGCACGCAUUGUUCAAUGGCCUUUCAUUCUACUUCAUGGCCCCUGGCGUCAUGCAAGUCCUCGGGAACUCGCGUUUCUUAGGGCUCUACUUUCUCGGCGGCAUCGCAUCCAGCGUGACGAGUCUUGUAUGGAACCGUUUCUACAAGCAUGAAUCCAUCUCUUCACAUGGCGCCAGCGGUGCAAUAUUGGCAACCAUUGCGUUUUACGCCUGUGCAUUUCCAAGGACGACGUUUUUAAUAUUCUUCGUCAUCCCUUGUCCUGCGUGGGCGUUCCUUCCUGGGAUCCUCGCGUUUGAUGUGUAUAGAAGUGUCACAGAUGCUAGAACGACAACGGACACAGCAGGUCAUGUCGGUGGAAUGCUCUCAGGCAUAGGUUUCUUCUUAUGGAGAGUGGCUCUUCGUCGCUAGAUUUGCCAAAUCCUGCAGUGAUGGCAUCUGUGAUGCCAACUACUCCACUCAAUCAGAAGAAUCAAAUGUAUUACGCAGCAUGAGGAG